AUUUCCGGUAUCUCACUCUUCCGGUUUCAUUCCCUCAUCUCACAACAAAACUCAAUAUUUUAAAGUUACAUUUUUAAUAUUAAAAGUGUUGGCAGUGCGCCCGGCAAUCACAUUUUCACAAUGGACCAAAUAGAAGAACGUUUGGCAGAAGAACUAAGGAAAUAUGAGCACUUCUACAACUCGUUGUUGAAGGAAUACAAAGAUUCCCGCCAACUGACGGAGAACUUCGAAAAGUUCACGGCUGCGUCGAAGCAACUGCGUGCACAAUACAGUGUCGCCGCGAGGUGAGGCACCUAGGGUACGUGGCUACGCUGUACUUGCGGCGUAGAUUCUACGCAGAAGCAUAAAUCGGUGGACUCCGCCAUUUUCGAAUUGAGUUGAAGAAAUAUGGACCUAAUGGAGCAGAGAUUAGCGGAGGAAAUCCGUAAGCAUGCACAUGUUUACGAUUCGUCUUCGCCACAUUACAAAGACUCACAGAUGAUCGCAAAUUCUUGGGAAGAAAUUUCCACAACCAUCGGUUUGGACGUCAUCGAAUGUACAAAGAGAUGGAGGACCAUGAGGGACAAGUACGUUCGACUCCGAAAAAGACUCUCAACGCAGAGCGGGGACCCAUUGGGGCAUAAAGUGCCUUCGUUUUAUGUGCGUCUGUCCUGGUUGGCACCGCAUGUAAAGCACCGGGAAAGAGGGUCAACAAAUUACGGCACCAACUCCCCCCAGCCAUCUCCUCGAUCCCCCUGCCAAAAGAUGAGACCGAAGAGGAAUAGGAAAGAACAGGAUGACUGUCUUCAGAAGCAGGUUGCCCAGUUGAAGGAACGCAGGGUGGAACUGCAACAGAGAGAGGACAGCGGUUGCAGCGAUGAGCUCCAGCCAUCUCCUUUAUCCCCCUGCCAAAAGAUGAGCCCGAAGAGGAAAGAACAGGAUGACUGUCUUCAGAAGCAGGUUGCCCAGUUGAAGGAAUGCAGGGUGGAACUGCAACUACAGAGACUGGACAGCGGAUGGAGCGAUGAGCUCCAGUCAUCUCCUUUAUCCCCCUGCCAAAAGAUGACACCGAAGAUGAAGAGGAAAGAACAGGAUGACUGUCUUCAGAAGCAGGUUGCCAAGUUGGAGGAACGCAGGGUGGAACUUCAACAACAGAGACAGGACAGCGGUUGCAGCGAUGAGCUCUCCAGGUUUGGGCAAACUGUUACAGACAUGCUGCGGAGGCUGCCGGAAGAGCACAGGCCACAGGCUAUGUUUGACGUCUACAAACUACUGUUCGAGAGGCAGCAGCAGAACAAAUAAACAAUUGUAUAAUUUCAUAUGUUGGCAGUUCAUGUUUACACUUACCGUUUAUACAUUUGAUACACUUCUAUCUGGACACGCAACCUUGUGUAAUGGUCAGUGCUUGACAACUCAUUGCGUAUAAUUGUUCACGUUACUGCAAAUAAAUAAUAACUCGAUUUAACAGGUUAUAUGUCAUUAAAAGCUUGGUUUAUUUUAUUGA